UUGCCCCUGAUAUCACGAGGAGAGGCAACAGAUGCCCCCAUAAUUUAGAUAAUGUAAUAGCGUUUUGUUUUUGUGUCCUAUCUGAAUAUCCUGUACUCGGUAGGUACACAACAAAUCAAUACAUAUACUUUUAUUAUUAUAAAAAACAAAUAAAUAAGUUAGAAUUGUUAAUAGUUGGUUAAAUUUUUUUUAAUGAAAAUGAAGAACCACAAAUAAAUAAGACUUGUUUUUUGUUAAAAAUCUAAGAAAACACUUUGAAUCUGUAGAUAAGCCUAUCUGUAAUAGUCUUAUUAUUGACACUUGUAUGACAUUUGCUCAUAUCCUGUCAGCCUAAAUAAGUAUAUUUAUUAUUUUUGAAUAUAGUGUAAAUGUUAUUUCACAAGUGCCCCCAAUUUCCUUCUAAAUGCCCCUGGAUGUCAGUCAGUGGGGGCAAAAACUGCCCCCCUAAAAUAUAUGGAUAUUUUCUACCCUGCUCUCCACUACAUUUCAGAGAAAUGUACAUUUCACCCCAAAAUAUUUAUUUAAAAGCUUUAUCUACAUUACAACUUAAGGUUUGUUAAUACAACAAAUAUGAAGAGGUUAUUAAUUAUUAUUACAUGCUUUGUAAUAAACUUCUCAACAGUAUACACACAUAGAGCUGAAAGGAUUGGUCGAUUAAUAAAUUAGUUAAAUGACAGGACAUUUAUUUGUCUGUUUUUUAUUUUUAUUUUAAUUUAUGGUUUCUUUUUCUCAUGUUUGUUUAGUUGGACAAAACAAGUUCUCUGGUCCAAGGGUUAUGACAACUUCUGACGGGCAUGUUUCACCAUUUUCAGAACAUACACGCACGCGCACACACACACACGCGCACGCACACAAGCACACACUUGAGGGGAAAAGUCCUUUGGAUCAGAAACGAAAAUUAAACUGCCCAGUUGGGUUGCCAGGUUUGUCAAAACCCACCAUUUAUGCUUAAAUCCGUUGUUUUUCUCCAGACAUUGCAGUAAAGAAAAUAUCUGUUUUAAUCGUUUUUCAUAAAAUUAUUUUACAUAAGCAAAUAGUCUUAUUAAGAGUAAACUUUACAUUAUGAGUUUCAAGCUCCAGGUGCCAGAACAAUGUCAUAAAACCAACUCACAUUAAUAAAGUAAAAUCUCAAAAACGGAACUAGUCCUGUUGACUUACAGAGUCGUGUUGCAUAAAUUAAAAAAUGUAUUUGUGUUUAAAUUAAAUGAACACGUAACGUAUUUUAAUGUAAGCAUGUCAAAGUGUGCAUUUAGUUUAUUACAAACAUUCCAGAGGGCAGCUGUCUGAACUAAUUACUAACUCAUUUAAAAAGCACAGACCACUAGUCACCAGCCCUUUACCUCCCUCACAGCAGAAGAGGGAGGAGCCAAUCAGGGGUUAAAUGAGCACACCUGUGAGCGGAGGAACCAAUCAACGAACAACACCAGAGGUCAGCGAGAGGAGAGGAGCGGAGCGGCUGAAGGAAACUUCAUGUAGGAUUCAGUUUCUUUGCACCUUUUAGGAAAAAAAGCUUAAACUAGAGGAAGUAGGAAAGCAACGGGGAGCCGCUGAGGAACCGACUGAGACCGCGUCAAGGACCGCGUGAGGGAGGAGGAUCCCGGUGGCGAGCUGUUCAGGGGCACCUUGGAAAAGUGAACACCGGACAAUGCAUGGCUGCCACAGAGGAUCUCCUUCCUGCUUUAGGAUCCUCAAGAUAAGUCCCGACAGACCCUGCUCUCAGUUGUUUUCCUCCGGCCUCUUUUGCCGUAAUUCCCCACAGUUUGACGAUCUGUUUGGGUUCGACGUGGACGACGUGCUGACCGAGGUGAAACGAGGAAGCAAACUGAUGUGUAACAAAUGUAAGAAGAAAGGUGCCACUGCGGGGUGUGAAGUCAAGCGCUGCAAGAAGUCGUACCACUACCCGUGUGCCGUUCAAGACGGAGCUCAUAGUGUUGAGGAUGCAGCCCAGGGAGAGUUUGGGCUGUACUGCUUCAAGCACUACCAACAAAAAACACAAAGUAGGAGUCACGACGUCUCCUUAAACGGACGCCCCGACCCCUUCACUCGGUGCCGACCCGCCAAAAGAGCGAGUGAACCCGGCUCCUCUGAAGUGAGACUGAUGGACGUAUCUUCUACACAAGUGGCACAUGACUUUAUUAGUGCAUUAUUUUCAGGGGCGGAUUAUUGCACAAUUUUACAGCCUAAUUUUGACAGUUGCUCUGUCAAUGUGAUGAUUUUCUUAGAGUCAGAGUCCGACACUAAAGCGCAUUUAUUAAGUCAUGAUAUCCAUUGUGCUCCCGAGGUGUAUUGCCCCACCUGUAAGAAGACGGAAGGACACAUCAGCGUGGACAGUCUGUCCAGAAGCAUCAUCGUGUCUUAUUGUCACAAACACGCUCCUGCGACACGUCGGAGGAAUGCCAACGGGGAUUCGACUUCGGCCAGGCGGACUUUGGCCAGGCGACCGUCGGCGUGCAGCAGCGACUCCAACUCCUCUUCCAAGAGAAAGUUGAGUUUCAGAGACAAGCAGGAAGCGACCACGUCCAAACGUAGCGGCUGGAACGUCAUGUUAACGGACAAUUCUUCAAAUUCAGAUGGGAGCGACUCAGAAAUGGAUAUAUUUGCCCCCUUGGACACGGAUUUCGCCGAAAGUGCAAACUCCGUUCCAGAGGCCCGAGUUAGUCUGCUCCUCUGCCUCAGUGACGUCAUCGUGAGAGGCGGAAGAUGCUCAAUAAUCUGA